UACCGAUCCAACAAUUGGUAUCAGAGCAGGUUGCUCCUAUAGAUUUUUUAUCUAAACUUUAUUGUUCGAGCUUAUGGCAAACCUACGUGUUAAAAAUGGUUUUAGUGAAGGACAAUCAACUUCUAGGCCACCUUAUUUUGAUGGAACAAAUUAUACAUGUUGGAAAGCUAGGAUGAAAAUUUAUUUGCAAUCCGUUGAUCAUCAAUUGUGGUUAAAUGUUAGUAAUGGUCCUUACAUUCCAAUAAAAAUUGUUAAUAAUAUUGAGGUGCCUAAAUUAGAAAAUGAAUUUGAUGAGCAUGAUAUGAAAAAAUGUUCUUUGAAUGCUAGUGCUAUCAAUUGUCUGUAUUGUGCCUUAAGUAAUGAUGAAUUUAAUAGAGUAUGUAUGUGUUCUUCGGCAUAUGAAAUUUGGAAAACUCUUGAAGUAACUCAUGAGGGAACCAAUCAAGUUAAAGAAACAAAAAUUAGCAUGUUAGUUCAUAAUUAUGAACUAUUUAAAAUGGAGGAAAAUGAACCUAUUGGUGAUAUGUUUACUAGAUUUACUAAUAUUUUAAAUGCUUUGAAAAAUCUUGGAAAAGUAUAUUCUACCUCCGAAAAUGUAAGAAAAAUUCUUAGGUCUCUGCCUAAAAGUUGGGAGGCAAAAGUGACGGCGAUUCAAGAAGCAAAGGAUCUCACAAAGCUUCCUUUGGAUGAACUCGUUGGUUCUCUCAUGACACAUGAGAUUACCAUGAACGGGCACAUGGAAGAAGAAUCCAAAAAGAAGAAAAGUAUAGCCCUAAAAUCCAUCAAAGUUGACUCUGAAGAUGAGGACGUCCUUGAUGAAGAUGAUGUCGCCUACUUCACACGGAAGUAU